UCGGAAAGAAAGGGGUCCAAGAAUCUAGAUACAUUUGGGAGGGCACCAUCGAGACAGAAACCUCAUCCCCUCCAUCUGAGGCUUCUCAAGGGGGAAACCUGGUGGUGGCAGGUUGGAGGAUUCCAGCUCAGAGGAGACUGGGCUUAGGAACUAAGGGCGACAGAAGUGGGCUGUCUGGAAGUCCUGUGGUCACGACCUCCAACGCAGGCCUUUCCCAAUGGGGCCCAGAUUCCUCCUGAAGGCCGUGUUGCUCCUGGCCCCGCCGGCGUCGCUGCAGACCUCGCAGCACUGUGGCCGCCUGGAGUACUGGAACCCCGACAACUUGUGUUGUGCCAGCUGCCUGCAGCGCUUUGGGCUGCCCCCCUGCUCCGGCUACGAGUUUUCUGAGAACUGCGGACUCAAUGACUUCGGAGAUCACGUGGCACACCCCUUCCAAGAGUGCCCCCCUGGGCAUUGCAACCCCCAAGGCGCCCAGCUAUGUAGCCCCUGUGGCAGCGAAGCCACGGUUCCCGCUGCCGUGGAGAACAAGGGGAGAACCCGGGCUCCCCGCUGCAGAGAGAAGCCGGUCCCCGUCGAGGAGCCCUGCCCUCUUGCAACUUCCCGCAUCUCCCAGACAGCGGAACCCAUACAAAGUGUCUCCAAGCCAAGCUUUGUCCUGCUCGCGAUGCUGGCUCUGCUGCCCGCUGUGGCAGUGGUUCUUGUGUUUGCUCUACAAACGCAUUGCAGUCGCCGGCGAAGGAAAAACAGUCCUCAUCCUUAUCCUGGCUUUGCUUGCAAGGAUCUUGACCCCCGCUUCAAGCUGCACUGGUCCACUCCAGGCUCCCCCAGCACUUCACAGGCAGGAGAAUCCAGGAAGGCCGCGUCUCUGCUUAAGCAGCUAGGCAGUGAGCUGCCAAAUCUGACCUCACAGCCCCUGUCUCGGCUCCUGGAUGAGCUGGAAGUGCUGGAGGAGUUGAUUGUGCUGCUGGACCCAGAGCCAGGGCCUGGUGGGGGACUCGGCACCACGCGACAUCUGGCUUCCAGAUAUGGCCUGUCUGCAGUCUGGUCCAACUUUGCCUACUCGCUGCGACCAAGCCACUCACCUCUGCGUACCCUGAUUGAGGUGGUGGUGGCAAGGGAGCCCUCUGCCUCUCUGGGUCAGCUUGGUGCACACCUCGUCCAGCUGGGACGGGCAGAUGCACUGCAGGUGCUGUCUCGACUUGGUGGAUCUGGGGCUUGUCUGGCUUAAUACUCUAUAAUAAAGUUUUCUUGAACUAA